AUGCCCGGUCGAACCUUCCGAAGAUUGACGAAAAUUUUGCUAACCGGUGUAGCGGUAACUGCCGCCCUCUCCGGCACAUAUGUCGGGACCGACACUUCUAAAUCGUUCUAUCACGUACUGGCGACAUCGUGCACAUUGAAAGACUCACUUAAAGCCCAGGUAACACCAUGGGACUAUAGUUGGGAUAAUCGUCAGACUAACCAUUCGGAGAAUUCCGAAAAAUCACCGAAGCCGAAGGCUAGUCGUCACAUCCUCCUCGUGCGUCACGGCCAAUACCACUUCUCUGAAGAUGACUCUGAAUGCCAUCUAACUAAUCUAGGACGUCAACAACUAGAUCUCACCGGUCGCCGAUUAAAACAGCUCAAUUUCCCAUACACCCAUAUUUUCUAUUCAACAAUGACGCGCGCUAUCGAAUCAACUGACGAAAUAAUCAAGCACCUCCCAGGGGUUCCUGCGACUCCUUGCGACCUCAUCCGCGAGGGCGCUCCUUUCCCCCCAGAGCCGGCGGUCCUCAACUGGCCGCAGGAUGGGGCUACAGCUUUUGAAGAGGAUGGACCGCGGAUAGAGACCGCCUUUGCAAACUACAUCCACCGGGCAGAGCCCACUCAAAGCGAGGACUCAUAUGAGAUUUUGGUCUGCCAUGGUAAUGUUAUUCGCUACUUUGUGUGUCGAGCACUUCAGCUACCGCCAGAGGCAUGGAUCCGAAUGUCGCUGGAUCAUGGAAGCCUCACAUGGCUUACUAUCCGACCGUCCGGUACCGUUUCCCUUAGGUGGCUUGGCAACUCCGGUCACAUGCCCCCCGACAAGCUUAGCCUCAGCUAG